AUGGCUAAGAUAGAGAAAAAGAAUCAUUUGCAAGUGACCUUCUCGAAACGACGCACCGGUCUCUUUAAGAAAGCAAGCGAACUCUCGACACUUUGUGGGGUCGAAAUCGCCAUAGUUGUCUUUUCUCCUGCCGAAAAAGCAUUCUCUUUUGGUCAUCCAAACGUGGACUUUAUUGCGAACCGAUACCUAGCGGAGAAGACUGGCGAUCAUCAUCGUUACUUUGCCACACCAACAUUGGAAAAUAACGUCGACGGCGCGAUUCUUGAAAUGAACCGAUUACUCGAGCACAUAUCUAAUGAGCUGGAGGGGCAGAAGAAGAAAAUGGAGAUUAUAGAACAAGUGAGAAAGUCUAGAGAGAAAAAUGAUUAUUGGUGGGGUGCUCCGAUUGAAGAGAUGAAUAGGCUUGAGCUAGAGAAGUUGAAGGAGUCAAUGGAAGAGUUAAAGAAGAAUGUGAUGGGAUCUCCACUUUGGAACAAUUAUAUUAAUCAUGUUUAUGGAGGAGGAUUAGGAUCAAGCAGGGGAUUUUGUUGA